AGGUUCAGAGGUCAUGUCACAGUAUACAUUAAUAAAUGUACUUUUCGAAGUGUAUAUUAGGAAGACGUUAGCAGAUGACCGUUUGCUGUAUGCAUUGCACGAUACAGGCACGUCGCACACCCUUCCACUAUACCCUGAUGGACAUCUGCACUCAAACUUACGCGUGACAUUGUCACACAACUCAAUACAAGUUGCUCCAUUUUGACAAGGCGAGAAACGACAGCAUCCAUWGUUGCACUUGCUUGAGCAGCCAGAUCCCUUUAAAAAAUGAGACGAGUUGUUUAAGAUAUUAGAGUUUAACCUUUUUUGUCAGUGUAAAAGGGAUGUCAAUAAUCAUGUUAUUGUGCGUCGUUACAUAAAUCAAAAGCGGCUCACAGUUUUUUCGCUCGUCCAGUAAAAUUUCUGCGAUUUUUUAGUCACGUCGCCGUACAACAAACGGAAUUUUUCGACAUUUGCUAUGAUACUGGAAAACCGUUGCAGAAGAAGUUGCUUUUACAGGACCCGUUCUCACUGCGAUGGAAGUUUAAGCUCAAAAAAACAAACAGACUCAUUUUUUGCAUUUAUUUUCAGAUACCAUCAGCAACCUCUGGUUGUUGCAAUACUCUGUUCGCGGUCAUUCAACCUGACCAGACAUCGAGAAGAUAUUUGGAAUAAUCUUGACAUGCAAUGGAGAACAAUAGGCGAGUUCACGCUUUACGAUGAAUCAUGGGUAAUCAGGGCAAGAUUGCUAAGAGGUGAUGGGGAAAGAGAUAUGUUUUUCGCAAUAUUUCGUUUCUGAGUUAAACAUCCAAAACCAGACUCUUCCUGUACAUUGAUAAUCGACUGUUCAAUGUUUUGUGGCUAUUUUUGAGCCGAUCGGGUCAUUCUUUCUGCGGCAUGAUUUUCUKCGGUCAAAUUGAACUCUUUUCCUCCAGUCUUAUCGCAAAUAUACUGCCUCUGUCCUUCUGAUAAUCAGUGUUUAUAUGUGGCUUAAUUGGCUCAAGAACAUCACAAUACAUGGAAUAGAGGUAUCUCUAUCAACUAAAAAAGUUUGGUCCAGCAAAUUUUCCUCAGGACGGAAAUAAAGCGAUAAAAGGAUCUCUUUCCCCAUCACCUCUUGUGUUCUUGUAUCUCAACGUUGUCAUGUCUGUGUCUGUGGAGGAACUUAAAGCAAUUUUAGACUCUAAAUUGAGUCCACUUCACAAUGAAAUCUCUCAACUGACAACUGAAAGAAAGCUUACGAGAGACAAUUCCAAUUUCUGGAAAUGGCGAACGCGAAGUAUGAAGAAGUCUCAAAAAAAACUCGAGGCAUUUGAAAGCCAAAAGUCCCAUCUCGUUGCUGRGAAYACAACAUUAAAGAAAACUAUUCAAGUAAUGGAAUCCAAGAUUCAGCAGCUCCAGAAGGAAUCGAGUAACGUUAGGCAAUAUACUAGACGAGAUUGCCUGGAGAUCCAAUGUAUCCCUUUUGCUAAGAACGAGAGCACAAACGCAAUAGUAAAGCAAGUUGGUGAUUUGAUGGAUGUCUACAUUAACGACGAAGAUAAAUCGAUCAGCCACCGCAUGCCUUCUUCUAAAAGCUAUAGAUCAUCACCAGCAGUGAUCGUGAAGUUUGUAAGACGCGAUAUCAAAGAAAAAAUCUAUCGAGCCAGAAAGAAACUUAAAGAUCUUACAGUGCGAGACCUGAUGCUUUCAGAUUUUGAAACUGACUCCGGAAUAUAUAUCAAGGAGUGCCUAACAGAGCAAAAUCAAAAACUUUUCAAUGAAACCCUCAAAUUCAAGAAGGAGCACAAGUUUUCUUUUAUCUGGACGUCCAAUGGGAUAACGUUCCUCAGGAAGGAUAUCGACUCUAAAGCCAUCCCAAUCAAUAUAGCAAAGAUGAUCUCAAGAAAUUACAAGCCAGUACUACUAUGACGUGAUCAAAAGGUACUAUUCAUUGACUUUAUUGUAUGACUAUGGACAAUGAUAUUAAUACUGUAAAUAGAAUUGCUGAGCUAAAAGAAUUACCAUCUCUUAGUAUAAGCUCACCAAUCUCAAACA